AGUACAAAAUUUCCAUACAACCAAUCAUCGUCCUUCCCCUUCCGCUUCAUUGUAUUUGCCCUAUCGAGAUUUGCGCCGACGAGGGGUUUUCGUUUUCCGUCAAGUAGUUUUCUCCGAAUCCUGAAUUCGAACGCUCCACUUCUCAAGUUUCAACCUUUUCUUCGGGAAAGCAUGGGCUCAGAUGCGGAUAUGGAGGAUUAUGGAUUCGAGUACUCGGAUGAGGAGCCUGAGGAACAGGAUGUUGACAUUGAGAAUCAGUAUUAUAACUCCAAAGGUUUGGUAGAAACAGAUCCUGAAGCAGCUCUUGCUGGUUUUGCUCAAGUUGUUAGCAUGGAGCCUGAGAAGGCUGAAUGGGGAUUCAAAGCUCUAAAACAAACUGUGAAACUCUAUUACCGUUUGGGGAAGUAUAAAGAGAUGAUGGAUGCAUACAGGGAGAUGCUAACAUACAUCAAAUCAGCAGUGACAAGGAAUUACAGUGAAAAAUGUAUAAACAGUAUUAUGGAUUUUGUGUCUGGCUCAGCUAGUCAAAAUUUUGGUCUUCUGCAAGAAUUUUAUCAGACCACUUUGAAGGCCCUUGAAGAGGCUAAGAAUGAGAGACUUUGGUUUAAGACAAAUCUUAAGCUUUGCAAUAUUUGGUUUGAUAUGGGAGAAUAUGGACGGAUGAAUAAGAUUUUGAAGGAACUCCAUAAAUCCUGUCAAAAAGAAGAUGGUUCUGAUGAUCAAAAGAAAGGAAGCCAGCUGCUGGAGGUUUAUGCCAUUGAAAUUCAAAUGUAUACUGAGACGAAGAACAACAAAAAGCUCAAGCAAUUGUACCAAAAAGCACUAGCUAUCAAGUCAGCAAUACCUCAUCCAAGGAUCAUGGGAAUCAUCCGUGAGUGUGGAGGGAAGAUGCAUAUGGCAGAACGUCAGUGGGCAGAGGCAGCAACAGAUUUCUUUGAAGCAUUUAAGAACUAUGAUGAAGCUGGAAAUCAGAGGCGUAUUCAAUGCCUGAAGUACCUUGUUCUGGCCAAUAUGCUGAUGGAAUCUGAAGUUAAUCCCUUUGAUGGCCAAGAGGCAAAGCCAUACAAAAAUGAUCCUGAGAUUUUGGCAAUGACAAAUCUUAUAGCAGCCUAUCAACGCAAUGAGAUAAUAGAGUUUGAGAAAAUCCUUAAGAGCAAUAGGCGCACAAUAAUGGAUGAUCCUUUCAUUCGAAAUUAUAUUGAAGAUCUGUUGAAGAAUAUCAGAACCCAGGUCCUGCUUAAACUGAUCAAGCCUUACACAAGAAUCCGGAUCCCAUUCAUAUCAAAGGAACUCAAUGUGCCUGAGAAAGAUGUUGAGCAAUUGUUGGUUUCACUAAUUCUGGAUAACCGUAUUGAUGGACACAUUGAUCAAGUGAACAGGCUAUUGGAGCGUGGUGACAGGUCAAAGGGGAUGAAGAAGUACACUGCUAUUGAUAAAUGGAAUACACAACUUAGGACACUGUAUCAAACUAUCGGUAACCGGGUAUACUGAGAGAUGAUUUCCCUACAGUCCACAGGCAAGGUGGUCCCCCUUUUUUGAGUACAUUUUCUAACUGGUGAAGUAACAAUUCAGCUUAGGUGCAUGAUGUUCAUUAAUACCGUGUUCCCUUCCUCCAAGCUGUUAUGCUUUUUUCAAUGGCCAUAAAUAAUUACUUAUAUACAUGGUAGUGCAUUAGAGGUUGGAAGAAUUUUGAUUGUGAGAGAAGCUUUAUGUUAAAAGGCUUUAAACCAUGUUGAGUUGAUUCUAGCUUCAUUGCUGGUUUUUCACCCAUUCACAUCUUUUCAUUUCUCGUGCUCAUGAAUCUGGACAAAGGAAAUUACUAGUGCAGAAAAGGCUUGUUGAGUAUAG